AUGUCGCUUAGCGGUUUCAUUAUCCUCUCCAUAGAAGGGGGCGUGCUCCUCCUGGUCGGAUAUCUAUUAGUCAACGAAUUCAUCCGCUGGAACCGACGCAUCAAAGGCCUGCCAGGACCCCAAGGACUGCCGGUCAUCGGCAAUCUAGGCCAGAUAACUCGAUCGUUUUCGGCGGAACAAUAUCGUCAAUGGUCGGCGGAGUACGGACCUGUUUAUCAAGUUCAACUAGGUAAUAUUCCCGUGGUGAUUGUGAACACAGCCGAAUCGGCGAAGUCGCUCUUCCUGAACCAGAGCUCAGCUCUGAUUUCGCGCCCCCUGUUUCAUGUCCUUCAUAAGACAGUGAGUAAGAGCGUCGCGAGUAUCGGGACUAGUCCAUGGGAUGAGAGCUGUAAAUUCCGGCGCAAGUUGGCGGCUGGUGCUUUGAAUCGUCCGAAGGUUCAGUCGUAUGAGCCGAUCAUUUUAUUGGAAACGAAGGAGUUUAUCCAAGAGCUCUUGAACGCGUCGAGCGAGAAUGCCGAGGUUGAAUUUCACCCGACCAUACAUCGUCUGUCGCUGAAUUUGGUGUUGACAUUGAAUUAUGGCACACGAGUCGCGAGCACAAAAGAUCUGCAGGAAAAUUCUCUGUACGCGGAGAUUGUCGCUGUCGAGACCGAGAUCUCACGAUAUAGAUCAACGUCCAAGAAUCUCACCAAUUAUAUUCCCCUCCUUCGACUUCUUGAGCCAAUCCUCUGGAGAAGGGCUGCUGUAUUUUCGGGAGAAAUUGGUCAGCGACGGAUCGCAUAUAACAAUAUGCUGCUAGAUGGGUUGAAAGAAGCGGUGGAAAAAGGUACCGAUAAACCCUGCAUUCAGGGGAACGUAUUGCGAGAUCCGGAAUCUGUUGGACUUUCUAGUAAGGAGCUUCUGAGUAUUAGUUUGAGCAUGAUGGCGGGCGCCGAUAGCACGCAGCCGACUAUCGGGUGGGCGAUCCUGUUCUUGGCACAUAAUCAAGACACUCAACAGCGCGCUAUUGAUGAGAUUCGAAAUUGUGGGGCCCUCUUUGGAGGAAGAAUUGAGACACAGGAAGUUGAAUACAUCCAUGCUCUAACUAAAGAGUUGAUGCGCUUCUAUACAGUCUUGCCACUCGCCAUGCCUCGGGAAACAACCGAGACGGUGUACUUCGAGGGGUGUAUAAUUCCGGCCGGAACUAUGGUGUUCCUGAAUGCCUGGGGAUGCAACCGAGACGGCGACGCGUUUGCCGACCCCUGGGCUUUUAAACCCGAACGAUGGCUGGAUAAUGCCGAAAAACAUACUCACCAAUUCGCCUUCGGGUAUGGAUCGCGGAUGUGCAUCGCUUCGCAUCUUGCAUUCAGAUUGGUUUACACGGCCGUCUUUCAUUUGAUAGCUACGUUUGAAAUUCACCCGGUAGAUGGGCAGGACAAGGAGGCGGCCGAUCCGAUUAGAGGCAUCAAGGAUCCUACUUCCAUUACAGCUGUUCCGAAGGCAGAGAAAGCGAGAUUGGUCGCGAGAGAGUGGGCGAAGAAAGAGAAAAACUAG